GCGAGUGGAUUAGAUUAAUCCAGCUUGGGCAGAGUCGCAGAGAGUCCCAUGCACCGACCUGUACUGCCGCUGCAUCGAUCAGCAAAUCAAACCAUCAGAGGACGCGUGCAUGGCCGGCCAUGGAUGGACGGAUGGACGGAGCAAGCAGACGACGGACGAUGCCACACGAUCAAUGGCGAAUACGGUGACUCGUGCUCACCUGGACCAGAAGCUUGCCCUCGCCAAGCGCUGCUCGAAGGAGGCGAACAUUGCUGGGGUGAAGGCGGCAGCGGUUGCGACCAUCGCCUCUGCUGUUCCAACCCUGGCGAGCGUGAGGAUGCUGCCAUGGGCGAAGGCGAACAUCAAUCCGACGGGGCAGGCGCUGAUCAUCUGCACGGCGGCCGGGAUGGCCUACUUCGUCGCCGCCGACAAGAAGAUCCUCUCGCUGGCGAGGAGGCACUCGUUCGAGAACGCGCCGGAGCACCUCAAGAACACCUCCUUCCAGUGCGCCGGCCGCCCUCACCCUGCCUUCUUCAGGCCAUGAUCGAACAGCAGUAGCAGCACACCAUGUGCAUGGGAUGCAUCGCUGGAUUUGUAGCUGCACAUAUGCUCUCCAGCUUCAUCAAAGUAUCUAGCUAGCUAGCUCGAUGAUCUGUCGUCUGUGAUCUGUAAUCUGUGUCGUGAUUUAGAGCUGCUUCUGCAGAGCAGGGGUGUGCUCAUCUGUGCCAUUAGCAACCUAAAUACUACUGCUGCUGAUGUAGUAAUGCAGCUAUAUCUUGUACUGCUACAAACUGCAUACAUCUAUCACUGCUGCAGCAAUAAUGUUCAGUAAUCACAAGUGGUACUUUUCCCGACCAGCAUAUGUUGAUU